GCCAGAUCAGACACCAAAGACGCUGUUUGCCGCGCAAUGUACUUUCUUCCGAACUGAACUUCAUAAUAAUCUAAGGAAUUUCUUUUCUUACCAACUGACAGACGAGUCCUUAUUUCUAAAAAUCAACCCCAGGAAAUAAAAAUUAGCUUCGCUUCAGAGAACCUAGAGAUAGAAUCCAAAAAGAUGAAAAAGAAGAGGAAAAGAAGGAAAGAAGAAAUGAGGACUGGGAAAGAGGAUGAAGCUAAGCACCUCAGAACUCAGAGGCUGAAGAGGGGAAUUCUAGUGAGUUAUCCUGGCCAGCCUUGCUAAAAUGUCUUACAAAACAACCAAAAGCGGUCUGCUCUUAAUUGCGUACACCUUUAGAAACUACAGAAAAGACGUGGCAUUAUCUACGAUACCUACAGGACAUAAACUCGUUUCACACCCCAGCACCCCCCGAAGUUGAGCGUUCCUGCAAUAUUCCCGGGCCAUCCCCUGGUUUCAAGGGUGUCCACCAGUCUCCCCAUGGCCCAGAAACACUCCGGGUAACUCAAGGACUUUGGGACAGUCAUUAAAAAAAAAAUAGCUUGUUAAAGUUUUCUAGAAAGUUCCGCGCAAAUCGUGAGCUUUCAUAUGUUUCGCGAGGGAAGCCUGAUUUUCUGGUGUUCAGUUUGCGAGUUUCCAGCGGCUGCAGUGCAGCCCAGAGAAGCGGCCGUACGGGCCGGCGGGUGGCUGGGUCUUCUGUGACGCGGGGCUCCGGGUGCUGGCCCUCCGGGAGGGGCGGCUCCGACGCCGCAGAGGCAGCAGCGCCGGCGACAUGAGCGGCUACCAGCCACCGGUGGUGAUCGACAGUGGCUCGGGAAUGAUCAAGGCGGGCCUGGCUGGGACCCGGGAGCCCCAGUUCGUUUACCCGAACAUUCUGGGCCGGGCUAAGGGCCACAACACUGCAGUGGACUGCGCGCUGGAGCUGUGUGUGGGUGACCAAGCUCAGGAGCGCAGGAGCUUCCUGUCCAUCAGCUAUCCGGUGGACCGGGGCCUCAUUUCUUCCUGGGGGGACAUGGAGAUCAUGUGGAAACAUAUCUAUGACUGUAGCCUGAACCUGAAGCCCAGGGAUGGCCCAGUCUUGGUUACAGAGCCUGCACUGAACCCGCUGCUGGACCGGCAGCACAUCUCUGAAGUGUUCUUUGAAAACCUGGGCGUCCCUGCCUUCUAUCUGUCUGUCCAGGCUGUGUUGGCACUCUUUGCUGCUGGCUUCACCACUGGCCUGGUGCUGAACUCAGGUGCUGGGAUUACUCAGUGUGUGCCGGUCUUCGAGGGUUACUGUCUACCUCAUGGUGUAAAACAGCUAGAUGUGGCGGGACUCGACCUCACCAGCUACCUCAUGAUGUUGUUGAAGGACGAUGGUGUCAUGCUGCUGAGAACUGGGGACAGAAAGAUUGUUACGGACAUUAAGGAGAAUAUCUGUUACGUGGCGAUGAACUAUGAGGAGGAAAUGGCCAAGGAACCUGGCCUAGAGAAAAUGUACACACUGCCUGAUGGGAAGACUAUCAAACUCCAUAACCAGGUCUUCCGUUGCCCAGAGGCCCUCUUCUCGCCAAGGCUUCUGAAUGUUGACGCGCCUGGCAUUGAUAAGAUGUGUCUCAGCAGCAUCAUGAGUUGCGACACAGAUCUCAGGAAUGCCUUCUUCUCCAAUAUUAUCCUUGCUGGAGGAUCCACCACUUUCCCUGGUUUAGACAAGCGACUGGUUAAGGAUGUGGCAAAGAUGGCACCGGCCAAUACCCCAGUGCAGGUUAUCGCUCCCCCAGAGAGGAAAAUAUCAGUGUGGAUGGGGGGGUCUAUUCUUGCAUCUUUGUCUGCCUUCCAAGACAUGUGGAUCACUGCUGCAGAAUUUGAAGAAGUUGGACCCAAUAUAGUACACCAAAGAUGCUUCUGAAAUGCAGACAAAAAAUGAUGAGUAAAACAUUUUUGAGUGUACACAACAAAACACUGUGGGUAUUCUAAUUCUGGGAGAACAAAAAAAAAAAACCAUUUCUGUUAUUGGGAUGGCCACUUUCUUUCCUAAAAUGUUUUUGGUAGUUCUGGGACUCAGAGUCUCAUGUGUGCUAAGCACCCUACCACUGACCUAUAUCCCCAGCCCUCUUUUUAACUUUGUAUUUCGAGAUAGGCUCUCCUGUUGCAUUCAUUGCCCAGGCUGGAUUUCAAUUUGUAAUCCCUGGGCUUCACUCUCCCAGGCGGCUGGAAUUUAGAGGCGUAUGACUUUGGGCCUGGUUCUCAAUAUAACAGGGCAGGAAAUGGUGCAAUUGUUAGGUUUCAAACCCAGGACAAAUAGCGAAGGUGCCUAUUUAACACACCAGACUGGACACUGAGUGCCAGGUUCUUCUGGCAUUCCUCUAUCCCUGCCUGUUACGGGGCCCUCCUGGAUGGCAUACCCCACCCCUACCCUAAAUUUCUCUCCUCCCAUCUGCCCUCCCCUUUAUAAUCCAUUUUGGUUACCUCUCCUCUCCUUGGGCCUCCUGGCUGCUGGACCUGGUUCCCCUUUGCCCUUGCCCUCCUUACGUGGCUCGGGGUCAUGACCACUCUGGAUGCUCCCAUUUAUCUCUGCCUCUGGCUCUGUCUCC